GUUUAUUUUUUUUUUUUUUUUUAGCUUUAACUAACAUUGCAAUUUGAUAGAAAAAUGUCCCAAUUUAUAACUCCAGAAAUAAAUAUAUUUUCUCCUUGGGACUAUAUUGUAUUUGCAGCCCUUUUUCUCAUAUCUGGAGGAAUUGGCAUAUUUUUUGCAAUAAAAGAGCGCCAUAAGACAACCUCUGCAGAUUUUCUUGUUGGGGGUAAACAAAUGACAUGUGGACCCGUGGCAUUGUCCCUAACAGCUAGCUUUAUGUCAGCUGUGACAGUUCUAGGAGCACCAGCUGAGGUUUAUCUCUUUGGAGCUUCUUUUAGCAUUUUCUUUAUUGCAUACACAUUUGUUGUUCUUUUUUCUGCCGAACUGUUUAUACCGAUCUUCUACAGGUCUGGGAUUACCAGCACUUACGAGUAUCUAGAGCUACGGUUUCACAAAUUUGUCCGCUAUGCCGCAACAAUUAUGUAUAUAAUACAAACUAUUCUCUACACAGGUGUUGUGGUCUACGCGCCAGCCCUUGCGCUGAAUCAAGUAACAGGAUUUGAUCUUUGGGGAUCAGUAUUCGCCACUGGUAUUGUCUGUACCUUCUACUGUACUCUGGGAGGUUUGAAAGCCGUUGUGUGGACAGAUGCAUUUCAGAUGAUUGUUAUGGUUGUAGGAUUUUUAUCUGUCCUCAUUGAAGGAACGAUUCAAAAUGGAGGGCCAUCUAAAGUCUGGGAAGCAGCAACAAAUGGGUCACGACUGGACAUUGUAAGUUUUGAGGUAGACCCUCUAAGAAGGCAUACCUUUUGGACUAUUGCGGUUGGAGGAACAUUUACCUGGCUAGGAAUCUAUGGUGUAAACCAGUCAACAGUCCAGAGAUGUAUAUCAUGCAAAUCGGAAAAACACGCAAAGUUGGCUCUCUACCUCAAUCUGCUUGGGCUGUGGAUAAUAUUGGUGUGUGCUGUGUUCUCUGGAUUGGUCAUGUAUGCACAUUAUCAGGACUGUGACCCUUGGACUGCUGAAUUCAUAUCAGCUCCAGACCAGAUGAUGCCUUAUUUUGUAAUGGACAUAUUUAAAUCUAUGCCCGGGCUGCCUGGUCUGUUUGUAGCCUGUGCUUUCAGUGGAACAUUGAGCACAGUUGCUGCCAGCAUUAACGCCCUCGCUACAGUUACCUAUGAAGACAUUGUGAAGAACAUAUUCAAAAAUAUCAGUGACAGAAAGGGCACUUGGAUUAGCAAAGGGCUAUGUGUAGUGUUUGGAGUGCUAUGCACGGUGAUGGCUGUUGUUGCAUCGAAGAUGGGAGGAGUCGUACAGGCUGCUCUGAGUAUCCAUGGGAUGUGUGGAGGCCCCAUGUUGGGAUUAUUCACUUUGGGCAUUCUAUUCCCAUGUACAAACUGGAAGGGUGCCUUGGGAGGUCUUUUUACUGGAUACAUCAUGUCUUUUUGGGUUGGAAUUGGAGGAUUUAUUUACCCUGCACCUCCAUCCAAGACACUUCCCUUGCCAUUAAGCACUGCUCAGUGUGUGCUUGCAAAUCUAACAUCUAACACCACAGCAAUUACAUCAACAUUUCUACCAAUAACCCUGUCUCCAGCCACAGCACCUGCAAGAUCUGUCCUUGAAGAUAACUGGUAUAGUAUCUCAUACCUUUACUACAGUGCUGUGGGUUGCUUGUCCUGCAUUAUUAUUGGGCUCCUAAUAAGUUUUGUAACAGGGCGUGAGCAUGGCCGGAACAUUAAACCAUUGUUAAUCAGACCAGUUUGUAACCUCUUCUGUUUUUGGUCGGACAAAUACAAAGCCAAGUGCUGGUGUGGAGUUCGUCAUGAUAGUGAAGAAGAUUUUGACCAUCAAGAAAGUCUCCAAAAAGAUGUUAAAAUGGACGCAAUAACAGAUCAACCGACUGAGAACGGAUUUGACAAUGAGUCAUCCAAGAAACCUCCACCAGGCUAUAACACUGAAGAAAAAUCAUACACAAACUUAGACAUUGACAAAGAAUCUUACAUGUAACUGCUAGUUAAUAUAUGUAAUGUAGUAUUUGUAACAUAAAAAAUCGAUGUAUGCGUUUGUAUAUAGCCUCUUUGUGGUUAUAGAAAUAUCCUAUAGAAAAUAGGAUCAUUCAGUUGUAUAGUAUUUAUCCACUUUUAUUUUUUUUAUUUUUUUUCUUCUUCUAUCCUAUCUGUAAACUAAGAUAAAAAAGGAAAACGUAAUGAAGUGAAAUGGUGCAUGUGCUUUAUGAUAAUAAAUUCCACCGGUUUGAACAGGUAC